AUGGUACGACAAAAAUAUCCAAUUCCUACAGUUGAUUCGCUUAUCGACGAAAUCGGAGAUUCAAACGUGUUUAGUAAAAUAGACUUGCGUUUAGCGUAUACUCAAAUCGAGUUAGAUGAACAAUCAAGUGAAUUAACAAGUUUUAUUACCGACGAAGGUGUUUACAAGUUCAAUCGUUGCAUCAGCGACGGCAUCAUAGUCUACUCGAAAAACAUCCAUAAACACAAAGAACUAUUAAGUAAAUUGUUUCAACGUUUGAAAGUUCAUGGGUUUAAAGUAAAUGGUAGUAAAUGCUUAAUUGGUAAAAGUACUAUAUCAUUUUUUGGUAUUAUUUUAUCAUCAAGUGGUAUAGGCCCAGAAAAAGUCCGGUGCUUAUCAAAUGCAAAUGCACCAACAAACGUAAGUGAGUUAAAAUCAUGUUUAGGACUCUGUACUUACAUGAGCUUUAUUCAGAACUUUUCCGAGAAAACCACCCCUCUUCGCGAAUUGGUAAAGAAAGAUGUAAAAUUUACAUGGACAUAUCGCCAUGAACAGGCAUUUCAAAUGUUAAAAUCUGAGCUAACUUCUAAUACCGUUUUAACCUUUUUCGAUCCCCGUAAACCGAUAACAUUGUGGGUCGAUGCUAGCAAUUAUGCUAUUGAUAGUAGAAUACGUAAAAAUGCUCCAACUGGUGAAAACAUUACAAAUGAAUAUGCAAAUUUUAUUACAAAUAAUUCCGUACCACACUCUAUGUCGUUAAAUGAAAUACCCACAGCCUCAGAAAAUGAUGACGUAAUUCAAGAAAUACGUAAAGCACUUACAUCCGACAAUUGGUCCUCGUUACAAAAAUAUGAAGUUUAUAAAGAAGAAUAUUGUGAAGUUAAUGGUAUUAUAUUACGUAGAGAUCGUUUAUUUAUUCCGAAAUCAUCAGUGCAGAAAAGCAUGGAAAUAGCACAUCGUUCAUGUCUUGGUAUAGUAAAAUUAAAAAGUUUGCUACGUUGCAAAGUUUAUUGGUACAACAUGGACAAAGACAUCGAAAAUCUCAUUCAAUCAUGCCCAUCAUGUCAAAAGAUAAGGAGACAGAACAAACCAACACCUGUACAAAUGACCGAAUUACCAACAUCAACAUGGUCACACAUUGCAGCCGAUUUUUAUGGUAAUUUACCGACAGGUGAGAAAAUUCUAGUAAUUACAGAUUUAUUUUCGAAGUUCCCUAUUGUCGAAGUUAUGAAAUCAACGACGUUCAAUAUUGUAUCUACUCGCCUUGAUAAUCUCUUUUCAAUUUUUGGUUAUCCCGAUAUGAUAAAAACGAAUAAUGGACCCCCUUGGGACAGUCAUGAAAUUGACCUAUUUUUUAAAUCACGUGGUAUUGUACAUAACAGUUCAAUUCCUUAA